AUGGCCGCAGGGGAUGCGUCUGCGAAGGCGGCUGCUCGAAACAUGUGUGUGGAGAGAAGGAACCUGCUCACGGUCUGCAGAUUUUCUGUCAAGACCCUGUUGGAGAAGUACACUGCGGAGCCUAUCGACGACUCAUCAGAAGAGUUCAUGAAUUUCGCAGCCAUACUUGAACAUAUCCUCAGUCACAAAUUCAAAGGCUCCGGGAGUUGGUUCGAAGGCCAGCAAAGUUUUUGGGACUUCAUUCGAUUAGCUUGUUCUAAAGUCCCCAACAGUUGCAUUAGCAGCAUCGUGAACAUGGAAAACAUCAACACCUCAAGAGCAAAAGGCCGUGCCUGGAUCCGAGUGGCUCUGAUGGAGAAGAGGCUGUCUGAGUACAUAGCCACAGCUUUAAGGGACAGCAGAUCCACAAGGAAGUUUUAUGCAGAAGGAGCCAUCAUGUUGAGAGAGGAGUCCAGUGUCUUAACGGGAAUGCUUAUAGGACUUGGAGCCAUUGAUUUUAGUUUUUGUCUCAAAGGACAGGCGCUGGACGGUAAAUCGGCUGCUGUUAUUGACUACACUCCUUACUUAAAGUUCAUGCAAAGUUAUGAGAAUCUGAGCGAUGAAGACGACCGGCGGAGCAUCGACAGCAGCACCAGUGACGACAGUAUUCCGGAACACCCCUAUAUCCCGCUGGUCCCGGAUGACGAGAGCUGGAGCAGCAAAUGUCGGAAGAUGGAGCAAAGAUUCAAGAUCGUCAAUGCACAAAAGGGAUAUCUGGAGGAGCUGGUUCGAUUGCGUGAGUCUCAGCUCAAAACCACAGAGACAGAAAGUAAGAGGCUCCAGAGCAGACUGGACGAGCUGCAGAGUCAGACGCUGAAAGAGAAACACGAACUGGAAGCUGUCAUUCUGGAGCUGCAGGAGCAGAUGACCAGCUUGAUACCAUGUGACCCGAGCCAUCUGGCAAAGAAUAUUUCUAUUCCCCUGAUUAACCAGUGGCCAUCACUGAAGUCAUACAACAGCCAAGAAGAUGUGCACAUGUUUCGCAGGCGAAGUUUUCCAAGCACAGAGCUGUUGUCGGUGGAGAUCAGCCUGGACUCAGACUCCCAGAUGAUGGAUGGGAAGCAGAACAGACCCUGGUGCACCGUUGAAAAGGACUACACUCCCUCGAUGAUGGGCCUGUGUGGCUCUCUGGCUUCCCUUCCCAGCUGCAAGUCUAUGGCCAGCCUGAAGUCCAGUGAGUGCCUGGUCCAUAUCAGCACGGACAACAGUCCUGCCCCUUCCCCCAGCUAG